AUGGCGACUUCCGAAGCAAGCAGGCCGCAAAGCGUUGCACUCAAGAGAAUCGCCACGGACUCAAGCGCGCAAGCGAGACCACAGAUCCUCAAAAAGACCAAACGAGCACGGAGAGACGACCGCCGAAGCGCAGCUGCCUUCGCAGCGACCCUCGCAAGCCCUCCUUACCCGACGAAUCUCUCUUUCCCUCCGCAGCUCUCGGCUGCCCUCCCUCCCUUCCAGCCCUCUCUUCCUCCUCCGCUUUGGACGGCCGCUCAUCCGCCUGGCUAUUCAUGGGCCUCGAUGUCCCCCAUUCACCAGAAUCACAUGCUCUUCAAUCACUACCUGCCGGGGUUCCAACUUCCGGCGUUUCAGAACGGCUCCUGGGCGGUUCCGUCAGCGCUUCCUACGCUCUCGCCCCUGCCGCUGCGCCAAGAGGGCGCCGACUCAGCAGCAACCGAUGCUAACGCGGAAAUGCCACGUGUCGAUUCUUCGACGCACAUUAACAGCCUCGUAGCGCAGUACUCGUUCGCGCAAGCCGGUGCAGCCGCAGCCGCCGCCGCCGCCGCCGCUAGCGCUAAUAGCCCGGUUUCCACCUUCCAGCUCGUCUCGCCGCGUACGGGCUGGCCGCACUUUGCGGCGUGUUCCCCGUUCAUGGGCCCCAUGGGACCUGUAUCAUACGCGCCUGGUUUCGGCGCGAUUCGAUCUCCAAAGCCGGCUGACGGAAGCGCCUCUGCCGGCGGAAGCCCUUCGCCGUCGAGUCACCUGCCGUCGUUGCUCGAGUCGCCUUUGCAGAGCGAGGCUCUGCCAGCCGAAUCCGACGGCGAAAGCUUCUGCAAGGUCGAGUUGCCGACGGAGCAAGUCGGCGCAGAGGCAGAGACCAAAGCUGACGAAUCGCGAAGGCUUCUUUUCCCCUCGGAGCAAGCAGCAGCGGACGGCGCGGCGGAAGGGGCGGAGAACGCGGAGCAGGAUUUGCGCGUGACGAAGGGGACUCGGCGCGCCAUGCAGCUGUGGCUGGAGGGCGGAGCGGAGGGGGACGUGCAGGGCAUGGGUCCGUUUGAUUGGCUGGAAGAACCCUCAGGCGCGGAAGACGCGACAGGGCUUCCGCACUGGGUGCUGGCCGAGCUGGGGGAAGGGGGCGUGGGGAAGAAAUCGGGGGAGGCCGUGGAGGAGGAGGUUUACCGUGUGCUGUUCCGUGCUGACUCUAUGGAGAGUGCCACAGGCGAGCACGUCAACAGCACUGGAACUACUUUAAAAAACGAGCAGCACGUUACGGCUCCUCUGUGUGAGACCCCUGUACAGGCUCACGAACCUAAAAAGGAGCAGUAUGAGGAUGAAUCUAUCCCCACGGGUACCAACAAGGCUCUAACUGAUACGCCUGCAGGAGAGGAGCAGGGAUCAAAUCCUGUCUCUGACGCGGGCAGCGCAAAUAUAGGGAUUACAAGCAUUGGAGAUUCGGUGUCGGCUGGGCUUGUUGACACGCCAAGUGUGCAGGUUCUAGAGGACAGCAGCACCGAUGAUAUUUGGCACGAUGUGAGCGUGUUGUCUGAUUUUUUGGCUGCUCCCAGCAGCCCCAUUGUGGAUAGUGACCUCUGCCUGGAGCUUCAGGAUGUUCCGGACUGGCAGUUUUGA